AUGUCUUCUGGGGACGGUAGCAAGGCUCCAAGCUCCCUAGUGCCUAGCAAGAAAUUCGUGGCCAACUUGCACCGCGUGACGACUGAUGCUCAGUUCCAGAAGUGGCGGGCUGCCUUCACAUCUGCCAUUCCAGAUGACGUGCAGGUCAAGCUACUGAAGUCUUGGACUGAUAGCAAGCCUUUGGUAGAUGAGAAUGAUCCCGGCGCUAGGGUCAUUACCUUCCGUCCUUUUUACUUUUCCUUGGGCUUCAAAUUCCCGCUGUUGAAGCUCUUCAAGGAGGUGUUCUGCGCCAUGGAGUGUGCUCCGAGCCAGUGUACUCCCAAUGUUUACCGGGCAAUCAUGUGCUUCGAGAAUCUGAGCCGUUUCUUCACGUUGGAGCUGACAGUGCGUGAGUUCUUUUAUUUUUUCGAGGUGAGGCACUUUGAGCAGUAUGCCCAAGUUCGCACCUACAAGACCAAGCUGUUCGACGGUCUCAGUCAGGGAGAUCACGCUUGGCAUGACGACGUGUUGGAAGUUAGCGGACGGUGGGAGGGCGACGUUCGUGACGGCCCACUUGUUCCCGUCACCUAUUGCCAUGUGAAUGACAUUAGCAAGCAAUUAGAGCUUGGACCAGACAUGGCUAAGGUCCGUCGUGCUUUGAACAUCCCUCAAAACGAGUACCGAGAGGUAGACGGUGGUCUGCCCCCUGCCGAGGAUGUUGAAAGGUGGAAGCAGAAUGGCCUUGACCCUGACGAUCUGCCUACAGUACAUGAAGAGUGUUCUGCUGAAUCUCCACCAAAGAGAAAGGCUGCUACCAAAUCUUCCAGAGGUGAAGCCACUUCUUCGCAUGCCAAGAAUGGGUCUCCAUCGAGGAAGAAGCCAAGGCUCCCUUCUGCUGAGAAGACUCAAGUGGGGUCUGCUCCGUCAUCAUCUGCCAGGGUCAAGCAUCUCGAGGGUGCAGAUAGCGCGAAGGUUGGUGGUAUGCGCGGUGCUCGGGGUGUUCUGCCCGAGCCUCCUGCCGACACGCUCGAAAACCAUGACAUGCUUCAUGAGACAGCUCGUGUCCGGCCUAGUUCUGCUGAGCGUCAAAGAGAUGUAGACAUUCCUCCUCGAAGUUCGAGUCGUCUGCAUCGGUCGAAAGAUGAAGAUCGAAGUGGGAGGUCUGCUUAUGAUCCAGCUGUUGAACCGUGGGCAGUCAAGCGUGGAGUUGAUUCAGUAUCAUUGACUCCUUUGGAGAUGAAGUUGGCGGAGGCUAAGAAGAUGAGAGAGUCAUCUGCUCGGGCUAAGGGUUCUUCUUCAGCGACGGCGGUUGGUCCCAAGGUGGAUAAGUCUAACCCUGCGGGGGAUGCAUGCGUGUCUGAUCUGCUCAAGACGAACUUCCUAUUGAACCCAUCCUCAUGUGCUGAGCUGGUUGAUCACAUUCGUCAGGCAGGCGAUCUUGACACUUUCUCGAGCCUUUCCUUGGAAAAACAAAGGGAAGCGACAUUUCAUCUGAUUCAAAAAGGAUUGGUUUUUGCUGCAGAGACCAUUCGGAACUCAUCUGAUGUUGCCCCCUCUUCUGCUCAGCUUAGCGAGCUAGAGAAGAAGAAUGCUGAAUUGGCCAGCCAUCUUGUUGCCGAGUAG